AUGAAUAAUCAGCCUCCACGAGGCUCAGCUUUCGACCGAGACCGCGAGAUCAUUGACCAGCGCCAACGCGCUGCCGAUCAGAUGGCUCACCGUGAGCGCGAACAAAACGAGCGGACUCACCGUGAGCCGUACCAUCCCAGCGUUCCCCAUCAUAGUACGGCCGGUUCGAUCCCUAUUCAUCAACCAGUUGCCUCCCGCUUGCCGGGUGCCAUCCAUAGUCCCGGAGGCCUUCUCGCCAACCACGGCUCCACAUCGGCCAUACCCCUGGGCGCCCCUUCGGGACCUGUCGCUACCUUUGGUGGGCCUCUUCACGAGCAGGGAAAUAGGCCACCAGCUCAACAUGGUCCGCAAAAUAACCCUGGGCCACAGCAUCAAAUGUUUGGCCCUAUGACCCACGGAGCGGACCCCAGGGCCCGCCCCAAGGUCCUCCCCAAGGUCCCCCUCAUGGAGCCCCUCCAGGCCCUCAAGCCAUCUUUGGGGGCCCUCUUCCCGGCCAGGAAGGACAGCCGCCAGUUCAACAAGGCCAUGUCGCCGGCGGGGUGCAGGCAUCUGCGCCGGCGCAAGUCGGCCAAGGUCCUGCUCCCCAGGGUCAACAGCCAAUCUUGA